AGCACUUCCACACUGGGUAGCUUGUCUCUCUCUCUCUCUCUCUGGUUGGGUUUGUCUUCAGCUUCACAAUGGAACCCGUGAGUGCUGAGUGUCAGCUGCCCCCGGAGGAUGAUUUGUUAGAGAUGAUGAUGGAGCAAAGUUUCACUGAGCCGGAAGAGAAGUCUAAAGACAAAUCAACCAGAAAAAUAAUCCCGAAGACUAAGCUCUGCAGAGGCCUCAACAACAGAUACUGUGUUCUGAAUGUGAAGGAAGUAUAUGCACAAGGAGAGGAGAAACAUCUGACUAUUACAGCAUCUCAGGAGGGUGAUGAUCUAGAGCUCUGCAUUCUAAAGGAUGACUGGGUAGCUCUUCAUAUCAAACCUGGUGAUAUAAUCCACUUGGAGGGUAACUGUGCUUUUGACAACACAUGGACCAUAAGCAGAGACACAGGAUAUCUUAUCUUAUACCCUGACUUGCUCAUAUCUGGUACUAGCAUAGCAAAUGGAAUUAGAUGUUUAAGGAGAUCGGUACUGAGUGAAAAAUUCAAGGUCUGUGAUAAAGGAUCCCGUCAAAUGCUUAUUGGUACAAUGCUUCAUGAUAUCUUUCAAAGAGCAACAACACGUGGGUUUACUGACAGUGUGCUGCAAGAGCUUGCCCAUCACACAGUUCAUGGGCCAAAGUAUCUAAAAGAAAUGUAUCAGUUAAAAUUAAAUCAAACUGAUGUUAUGGGAGAAGUACAAGAAUAUCUUCCAUCCUUCGCUAAGUGGGCAAUUGAUUUCAUGACACAUCCUCUCAAUCAACACCAGAUAAAUGUUACCAGACCAACAGCUGGAGACCCCACAGAGGCAACUAAAGUUUCAGAGUUUCUAGACAUUGAGGAAAAUAUUUGGUCCCCAAGAUUUGGUCUAAAGGGCAAAAUUGAUGUAACUGCUAGGGUAAAAAUACACCAGAAGUCCAAAUCUCAUUUGAAAAUUAUGCCUCUUGAGCUAAAAACUGGCAAAGAGUCAAACUCAAUAGAACACAGGAGUCAGGUUGUUUUGUACACUCUUUUAAGUCAGGAGAGGCGAGAAGAUCCAGAAGCUGGUUUACUUUUAUAUCUAAAGACAGGGAACAUGUACUCUGUACCUGGAAAUCGACUUGAUAGGAGAGAGUUAUUAAAAAUAAGGAAUGAGUUAUCCUAUUACCUGACAAAUGUUGUACAUAAAUCAGACAAUGGAAGUAAAGAAAUCACUCUAGCUUCUCUGCCAGCCUUGAUUGCUGAUAGACAAGCCUGCAAGUUUUGUUCACAGAUGCGGAACUGUGCCCUUUAUAGCAGAUCUGUUGAGCAACAAAUUGAGAAUUGUUACAUUCCUGCUGAAAUGAUUCCAGUUGUUCAGAAGGAAACAGAACAUUUAAAUAAGGAUCAUUUGCAAUACUUUAGGCUGUGGUAUCUCAUGUGCACCUUGGAGGGAAAUUCCAAGGACUCAAAAAUGGGACGCAAAAAUAUAUGGAUGAUGUCAUCUUCUGAAAGAGAAGAAGAUGGCCAGUGCAUUGGGAACCUUAUUAGGACUGGACCUGUACAAACCAUUUCUGAUGGGCAACAUCUACAUUCCUUUCAGCGUAAAUCUGGUACUGUGCCUGCAACAAACUUAAUGUCAGGUGAUAGAGUUGUAGUAAGUGGAGAAGAUAAGUUUCUUGCUCUGUCAAGUGGCUACAUAAAAGAAGUCAAACAUAACAACAUCACUUGCAUUUUGGACAGGAGUCUUGGCAAGCUUCCUGAGGAUUUGUUAUUUAGGCUUGAUCAUGAAGAAGGAGGAGGUGGUUUAGAGUCCCAUCUUGGAAACUUAUCAAGGCUAAUGGAGAACUCACCUGUAAGUGACAAACUGCGGAAACUGAUCAUCGACUUUAGCAAACCAAAUUUUGUUCAACAUUUAAGCUCUGUUCUUCCAUCUGAUGCAAAGGAUAUUGUUGCUAACAUUUUAAAAGGCCUUAACAAACCUCAGAAGCAGGCAAUGAAACGUGUUCUUCUUUCUAAAGACUACACUCUUAUUGUUGGCAUGCCAGGGACUGGGAAAACCACUACAAUAUGUACCCUGGUGAGAAUUUUGUAUGCUUGUGGUUACAGUGUCCUGCUAACCAGUUACACACACUCUGCUGUAGAUAACAUUUUAUUGAAGUUAAAAAAAUUCCAAGUUGGCUUUCUGCGCUUAGGACGAACACAGAAGCUCCACCCAGAUGUUCAGGAAUUCAGCGAAGAAGAAAUCUGCAAAGCCAAGUCAAUAAAAUCUUUAAGUGCUUUGGAAGAACUCUACAAUAGUCAGCCUGUGGUUGCAACAACAUGUAUGGGUGUGAAUCAUCCGAUAUUUACACGAAGGCGGUUUGACUUUUGCAUUGUUGAUGAAGCAUCCCAAAUUAGUCAGCCAAUUUGCCUUGGCCCAUUGUUCUUUGCCGACAGAUUUGUUCUAGUGGGUGACCAUCAACAACUUCCUCCACUAGUGCAAAGUGCAGAAGCAAGAGAACUGGGAAUGAGUGAGAGCCUUUUUAAACGGCUGGAAAGGAAUCAAGAGGCUGUAGUGCAGUUGACUGUGCAAUAUCGAAUGAAUAGUCAGAUUAUGGCACUAAGCAACAAGCUGGUGUAUGAAGGCAGGCUGGAGUGUGCCUCUGAUCGUGUAUCUAACGCUGUGGUUAAGCUACCUCAUAUUAAGACGUUACUUCUGGAGCUGGAGUUCAGAGAGAGCCAGGAAUCAAUGUGGAUUAAAGAUGUAUUGGAGCCAAGUAACCCUGUGUGCUUUCUGAAUACAGAAAAAAUUCCAGCCCUGGAAACUGAAGAGAAGGGUGGAAUAAGCAACUGGAUAGAAGCUAAAUUGGUGUUCUGUUUGACAAAGCUGUUUCUAAAGGCUGGCUGCAGACCCUCAGACAUUGGGAUCAUAGCACCAUAUCGUCAGCAACUUAAAGUUAUCUCUAAUUAUUUCAACUCCUUGUCAGCGAGUGCCGUGGAAGUGAAUACAGUAGAUAAAUAUCAAGGGAGAGACAAAAGUGUCAUCAUUGUGUCUUUCGUUAGAAGCAAUAUUGAUGGAAAACUGGGAGACCUUUUAAAAGACUGGAGAAGGCUAAAUGUGGCGCUGACACGGGCCAAACACAAGCUGAUCAUGUUGGGCUGCGUUCCAACCCUUAGCCGCUUUCUUUGCCUGGAGCAGCUGAUAUGUCAUCUAAAAUCUAAAAAUCUAAUUUAUGAUCUUCCAGCCGGCGCCCAUGAGCAUAUGCCUGUAUGAAGAGGCCUUUUCUGAUGCUGUUAAGAAGCCAUUUGUGCUCUCACAGGUGCCUUGUUAGCACUUGGAACGGAGGAUGUUCUGGGCACACAAUUCUUUUCAUUGAACUCAUGUUGAACAAUUAGGGGAACUUAUGUUGAACAAUGUAGCAAUUGGGGAAAUGAUGGCUUAUUAUACAGAGAUCAUUAUUUAAAUCUACAGUAGUCAAAGGGGGAGAGUAAGGGCAAUGGCACGCAAUGAGAUAUGUUGCUCCAGGAAAGUUUGCCCUACCCGCGGGUAACAGAUCACCUAAAAAUGCCUUACCAUUCUCACCUUCAGAUCUCUGCAUGUAAAGCACAUUACCCAAUCACAAUUUAAUUGCAGAGAAAUGUGGAAGUAAGCAUAUUCCAGCAAUUAACUGGAUUGCCACAUGUAAUCUGUUUUUUAAAUGAAGCAAUCUGAAGGUUAGUGAAUUGCAAGGCAUUUUGUAAGAGAUUUGUUGCCUGGAGUAGCGCAGGUUUUUCCAUGGGUAACAAAUCUCCUUGUGUGCCAUAGCCCUAAGAGUAAUGAGAAAAAUAUCAAUUAGCACUUUGAAGUAAAAGCAGUUUUGUUAUUUCAGUUUCUCGUGUUAAAUGAGUUCUAUUGCCCCUUAAUAAUUUGCAGGUAGAAGAAUUUAUAUAUCAGAAGCUGACUUUGGGAAAGAUUUAACAAACUGUAUGAUUAGAGCUCAUUCACCCACUCUAUUAAUUCCACUGGGAUUUUUUUGAAGCAUAUUUAUCAGUGGGUGAAAGUUAGAGUUCACCAUUUUAUAAAUACUCUUUUAAAAACCGAUUAGAAAUGAAUAGAGAGUGGGCACAUUUUUCUGUGGUGAGCUCUAAUCUCACAUUUUGGUAAAUCUGCCCCUUAAAGUAGGCUGUGCCUCAGUCCUAAAUUUUUUUAGUUUUUUUCUGUAAUUGAUUUGCAUUUACUGUUUAACAAAUUAAGGCUUUGCUUUCAGACACAAACCAUUUAACCGUAGUUUGUUAUAUUGCUAGCAUUGCUAAACCAGUCUAAAUAAGCUUUAAUAUAGCAGCUCCAUAUCUGUAUAAACACUAGAUGGUGCUGUUUUGUUAGCUGUUUAGGCUAAUGGCACAUGAAGCAGUUUCGGGAAUUUUUACCCACCACCCAAAACACAAGAAAUCCAAAUUACCAUGGUGAUGGCAGGUGAUCAACCUAAAAGAUGCAAUUCAUGAGUACAUGGGGCACAUUCUCAUAAUGACCAUGUAGAAUAAAUGUAACUGUUUUACUUUCUUUGAAGAGAGCCCCUGUUAGAGUGGCUGUUUAUUGUCAUUUGUUUCCUUAGACUGGAACUGAAUUGAAUAGUAACAGUACAACUACAACUCUAUUUUUACAUUUCUAACCUAUCCGUACCCCCCUUUGGUUACAUAUGUAUCACUUGCUAUCUAACUGAUAGUGUUUAUAUGCCAUGUUUUGAGCAUGUGAGAAGUUUCAGCUGAGGCAAGCAUCUGGUGCCUAUUAUUAUAUGCAGAGAUAAAAGCCCUAGUACCCAUAAUAUUGAGUUUAUUACUUAUACAGGGUGGAACGGACCAACAAACUGUGAAUAGGUUACAUUCUCCUCUUAUUUUUGUAUAUACACUUGAAAUUAGACUAGUUACAUUGUCUAUAUGAGAAUGUAAGGUGUAAGGCAUUUAAAUUCUGCAUAUGAUCCAUUUUUUGCUCUCAGGCUGAAUUCACUAAUGAAAAAAACACUUGUGACCUCUGCCAUAUUUCAUAAAUAGCAAUUCCUUUGCAUGGGACUGUGACAUAUACCUCAUUGUCUGACUGUUCAAAUUGUCAGGCUCCAAUUCUAACUGAAUCAGACAGGAUAAGCUAGAAAAUAAUCAUUUCUUCAUGUUGAGAUUUUACAAUUUUGUACUAUUUACAUAACAGUUGGUGUAAUUUAUCUGUUGAAUAAAAUAAUAUUUGCUAUUAAUGUU